GAGAGAGAGAGAGAGGGAGGGGGAGAGAGAGAGAGAAGGAAAGAGAGGGAGAGAGAAAAGUUUUAACUGUUAAACUUUGCAGGGCAACUUCGGCAGAUAUUGAAAUCAAGGGAAAGAAAACUCCAAAUGGCGGAUCAGAAGCCCUCAGACCUGGAGAAUGCCAUUAACACUCUGGUGACUGAGUUCCACAAUGCCGCGGGCUCCAAUGGCACGACCCUGAAGACUGAGGAGUUCAAGAGCCUGCUGUCCAGCCAGCUUCCCAACCUGGUGAAGAACUCCGGUGAUGACCAGGCUGUGGCAGAGCUGCUGAAGACUAUGAAUGUCAAGGACAGUGAGGGAAUCACCUUCAAGGAGUUCUGGGGGCUGAUCCAGCAACUGGCUGGUGCCCAAGAAGGCUUGACCAGUCACCAGAAAUCUGUCAAGUGCAGCUGCCUGCUCUUAUAAAACCUGGCUCGCAGGAACGGAGCUCUAACCAGAGCCCCUGAAGCUGUUUGUGCCAAGCAAGAAGGUCUAUCCCAUCCCCACCUCCCUUAUAACCACUCCCAAUAGAGAACACAGAGCUAGCACUGCACUCCAGAGUCAUCCCAAGAGCAAAGAGAAAAAAGCUGAGCCUCAGAACUGAAAUGACCUCAGACUCAACCCAGUGGUCCUUGUUUUAUACUGUGGUAUAUGGUGUGCAAACCUUUCACUCUUUAGCACAUUCAUUAGAUGAGCAAUUAGCCUACAGUCCAUUUGCCGGGUAAAUCAGGCCUGCAGUCUGACAUAACUGAGGUGCUGAUGUGUUAAUGAGAGAAACUCAUCAGUUAGAAUCAAUAAGGAACAAGAAUUCAGUGCUGCUGCUGUCAUUUAGCAGAACGACAGAAUGUACUGUCCGUGAAUGUUCUGAUAACUCAAUGUAUUUUUUCUUUCAUCGGCAUGAUAUACUUCCAGACAUAGAUAUUAAUUCCUGUCUUACAGUCAAGACAAAUCUGUCCAUCUGCACAUCUCCAAUGAGAGACUGAAAAAAGAAAUUCUUAUAUCAUUCAUGUUAAAGAACAUUCCGCUUAGUUGUUUUCAUACACACUUCUGGAAUAAAACCAUUUGUUUAAAAAAA